AUGAAGACAUUUAUUGCAGCUCAGCUUUUCAUCCUUUGGAUCACACUUAGAUAUUCCUAUGCUGUGAGUCCCAUAGACUGCAAUGCUACUGAGCUCCUGGCUGGGAAAGCUCUAGAUCUGAUCAAUAAAGGACGUUCGAAUGGCUACCUUUUUCAGUUGCUGCGGGUCGCUGAUGCCCACCUGGACAAAGCGGAAUCCACAGAUGUCUAUUAUCUAGUCUUAGAUGUGAAAGAAUCUGACUGUCCAGUCCAAUCCAGAAAACACUGGGAUGACUGUGAGCCAAAUAUUUCUAGAUAUCUAUUUGAUAUAGUGAUUGGACAGUGUAAGGUAAUAGCUACAACACGUUUGAGUGAAUUUCAGGACCUUAGAGUGAAUGACUUCAAUUGCACCACAAGCUCUGUCUUUUCCGCAUUGGCCAAUACUAAAGACAGCCCCGUACUCUUGGAUUUCUUUGAAGAGACUGAGGUCUACAGAAAACAAGCAGACAAAGUCCUUGAGAUGUACAAAAAGGAGAAUGGUGACUUUGCCUCUCUCAGAGUGGACCAAGUCGAGAGAGUCGGCAGAGGCAGAGGAGGGAGAAGAACCAAUUACUAUAUUGACUUCUCUGUGAGGAACUGCUCCAGUCACCAUUUUCACAAGCACUAUAAUGUCUUUGGAUUCUGCAGAUCAGUUUUGUCCUAUGAUGUAGGAGCCUCUGACUUGGAAACCCCAAUAGAGGUUGACACAAACUGUGAAGUCUUUGACCUUAAGGAACAUAGAAACAUCAGUGAUGUACAACCGCAUUUGGACCAUCUCCUCCAUUCUGGAGGCCAUGGGCAUUCAACUGGUGGCAAGCCUCCAUUUACACACAGUAGAUCCAGGGAUAACCUCCAUCACCAUAAGCCACAUAAACCUGGAUGCCCACCUCCUAUGGACGACAAAAAUCACUCAGAGAGACCACCACUUCAAGCAGGAGCUUCUUUACGACUGCCUCCUUCAAGAUGUCAUCACCUCCAUUUUCACAUCAAUGACACACAUGCACCCCAUCAUAAUCAUAGUUCCAGUGAGCACCAAUCCCAUGGACAUCAUCCUCAUGAUCAUCAUCCUCAUGGGCACCAACCCCAUAGACAUCAUCACCAUGGACACCAUCCCCACGGACACCAUCCCCAUGGACAGCAUCCUGAUGGCCAUGGUUUUCAUGACCAUGGACCCUGUGACACACCACCCCAUAGGCAAGGUCCCCAAGAUCACCAUCACCAGGGCCAUGGCCCACCACAUAGGCACUCAGAAGAAAGAGGUCCAGGCAAAGGUCACUUUCCCUUAAAAUGGAGACAAAUUGGAUAUGUUUACCGACUCCCUCCACUAAAGAAAGGUGAAGUUCUUCCUCCUCCUGAAGCCAAUUUCCCCAGCUUCUCAUUGCCAAACCACAACUAUCCUCUAAAGCCAAAAAUUCAGCCUUUCCCUCAAUCAGCCUCUGAAUUAUGCCCAGGGAUGUUCAACAGUGAAUUUUCACAUGUUUCAAAGUUUUUUGGAGACAUUUCCAGAAAGAAAUCUGAAAUCCUUGAAAAAUGAGUAAUGUUCUGAAUUAUAACCAUAAAUAAAAUGUAACCAAU